AUGGCCUCCAAGCUCAAGGAGAGGAGGAGGACGCCGGUUUCCCACAAAGUAAUCGAGAAGCGGAGAAGGGACCGUAUCAACCGUUGCCUCACCGAGCUAGGGAAGACGGUGCCCAUGGCUCUGGCCAAGCAGACCUCGGGGAAGCUGGAGAAAGCGGAGAUCCUAGAGAUGACGGUGCAGUACCUGCGGGCCUUGCACUCGGCGGACUUCCCCCGAGGCCGAGAGAAGGCAGAGCUGCUCUCCGAGUUCGCCAACUACUUCCACUAUGGCUACCACGAGUGCAUGAAGAACCUGGUCCACUACCUGACGACGGUGGAGAGGAUGGAGACCAAAGACACCAAAUACGCCCGCAUCCUGGCCUUCCUACAGUCCAAAGCGCACUUCGUCACCGAGCCCCUCUUCACUUCCCUGGGCUCCCUCCCGGAGCCGGACUUUUCCUACCAGCUGCAUCCCGGGCCCGAAUGCCCCGGGCACGGCCACAGCCCCGGCGAGGCCAUGCUACAGCCGCCCUCGGGGGGACCCUUCCCCUGGCACGGCGCCGCACGCAGCCCCUCCCUGCCCUACCACCUCCCCAACACCGCCGUACCCCUCGCCAGCCCCGGCCAGCAGCGCAGCACCUUCCUCUCUUCUGUGCAGGGGCUGGACCGCCACUACCUCAAUCUCCUCGGCCAUUCCCACCCCAACGCCUUCGGGGUGCCCCCAGGCCAGCACCCCUCCAUGCUAUAG